AUGAGUUCGCUCCGAGUACAAAAGCGACUCGCUUCAUCAAUCUUAGGAUGUGGUAAAAAGAAAAUUUGGCUUGAUCCAAAUGAAGCCAACGAAAUUUCAAAUGCUAAUACCCGACAAAGCGUACGUAAAUUAGUUAAAGAUGGUUUAAUUAUUAAAAAACCAGUAGCAGUUCAUUCACGUUUUCGUACACGUAAAAAUAAUGAAGCUCGUCGUAAAGGUCGACAUAUGGGCCAUGGUAAACGAAAAGGUACAGCUAAUGCUCGUAUGCCAAUUGUUUGGAUUCGUCGUAUGCGUGUAUUACGUCGUUUGUUGAAAAAAUAUCGUGCAGCUAAAAAAAUUGAUCGUCAUUUAUAUCAUGAACUUUAUUUGAAAUGCAAGGGUAAUGUUUUCAAAAACAAACGUGUAUUAAUGGAAUUUAUUCAUAAGAAAAAAGCAGAAGUACAACGUACGAAAAUGCUUUCGGAUCAAGCCGUUGCUCGUCGUGAACGUACCAAGGAAAAACGUGUUCGUCGUGAACAACGUAUUCUUCAAAAACGUACUGAUCUUAUGGGUAAACAACUAGAAGAUGAUGAUACAAAUGUUGCUGUUCAACAAGUUAUUGAACAACAAGCUCAAACAUCUGUUGUUGCUCCAUCAUCAAAAUCACAAGAACAAGCACCAGCCAAGACUGUUACUAAACAAGAAAAGAAACAAGAAAAACAACCACAACAACAACAAAAGAAGAAGUAA